GAAUAAUAUAAAAAUACCCCAAACAAUAAUUCCGAAAAUUACUGAACAAAAUUAUAUUAGGUCCAGUAUCUAAAUAUGGCCACCUAAUUAAAUUUUAAUGGGAUAAAUUUUUGUCUCCAAAAUUUAUUGACUAAUCUACAAAAACAAUAACGGUAAAAACUACUAAACUAGUAACUUCGUAAGCCGGCUCCGAUACCACUGUUGGGAAACGAGGCUUGGAUAAUGCAGCGGAAAACAAUAAUUUAUAGUCCAAAACUCGAUUCCACCCAAGAACAACUUACGUAAAUUACUAGCUAUACUAUGGGCCACAAUAAGAAGAACAAGAACAAGAAGGGAGCUAGAAAAAACAGCCACAACAUUACAAACUUCGUCUUUGAUGGAACCCUGGUUAGUGUGGCGAAGCAACGGGGGAUUGCAAGGCCUAACAGUGGGCAGCAACUUCACUGCGCUUUGAGUGACAAUGGCCAGCCCUCCUCCUCGGCUGAUAUUAGUGUCACACUCAACUCUUUUGACACAAUAUCGGAUGAGGACAACGCUUUGUCACCAACGCUAAUUGGGGAAAAACAGGAUUGUGCAACGAGCAAAGGACCUGAAAGUAAAACCAACAGCCCCCUACGUACUUCUUCAUCCACUUUGGCUAACCGGGAUCCUGACGAGGGUAUUCCUUUGGAAAAAGUAGAGGUUGGGGAGAAGGUAACAAUUCCGGCAGAGGGAUAUCCAUCUCUUGAGGAAGACUGGGGGUAUUGCUUAGUGGGCUGCUUCACAGGCCGGUUCCCGGGCAUCAAAGCCAUAGAGGAUCUCACAUCCUCAUGGGGCGUGCAAUGUAAACUCCUCCCUCAUGAACAUGGCUGGGUCCUUUUCCAGUUCCCAAGUGAUGAGGACCGAAGGAUUGUCCUCCAAAAUGGGCCGUAUACGCUCUUUGGUAAGACUCUAUUACUUCGUAUUCCUCCGGAGGAUUUUCGCUUCAACUUUGAUGCGUUCAUGACGGUUGAUGUGUGGGUUAAGUUCGUUAACGUGUCCUUGCGAUGUUGGAACAAAAUUUCACUCCAAUGCUUGGGGUCAAGGGUGGGAACCCCCAAGCGUACGGACCUUGGUACAAAGAGACGGGGGAGGAUAAGUUUCUGCAGGAUGUUGAUCCAAGUUGACAUGUCUAAAGAGCUACCCACCGCAUUUGAGGUUUGCCUACCGGAUGGGGGUAAUUACAUUCAGAAAGUUGUGUACGAGGGCCUCCCAAAAUAUUGCUACCAUUGCAAGAAAUUUGGACAUAACCUUUUGAAUUGUAGGGUUCUCCGUGCCCUACGCCUCAGAAAAAAUGGAGAAUUUGAUGGCAAAUCUUUGAGACACAAGGGGAAGAUACCGAAGAAGGUCUUUGAGGGGGACAAAGCAUCUACUUCUAAUGGUCACUUUUUCUCUGUCUAAAAUAUUUUAGUAAGUCAGUUUCAAAAUAAGUGUGUCAAAAUUUCUUUAAAACAUUUUUUUAAAGUUACACAAUUUUCUUUGGUGAGAAAAACAUACUUUAAAUAUUUUUCAUAUACAUCGUUUGACACACAAAAUAAUUUUUUGACUCACUU